AGCACAUGCGGUGGGACCCCGCCCAGUUUGGGGGGGUCCAGCAGGUAACUGUUCCGUCAGGAAGACUGUGGAAGCCAGAUGUGAUUCUCUAUGAGAUAGCGGGGCUGGAGGAUUACGAUAGGUCCACUCAAGUGUCAAUCACUCAUGAGGGAUGGGUGGAGCAAUGGCAGCCCCGCCUCCUGGAGUCCAGCUGUCCUCUCAACUUAUUUCACUUCCCCCUGGACACACACACGUGCAAUCUGACAUUCAUGUCACAGGCACACACAGUAGGGGAAGUGGACCUGUAUUGGGGCCCAGGCAUCCGUAGUGGUCAGGGGGACGUCUCUUUCUCCAGAGGCGAGUGGGAGCUCACGUCUCUCUCCGUCCCCACCAACCCCCAGCAACAGAGCCUAUGUAACCGCCCCUCAGUCAGAGUGCAGGUGACAGUGCGCAGACGUCCUCUUCUCUAUGUGGUGAUGCUGCUGUUGCCCACAUCGGUCCUGAUGCUGCUGGACUUGCUAUCUCUCCUCAUCCCUGCCUACCUCAAACAGCGCCUCAGCGUCACGGUAACCAUCUUCACAGGCCACUUCAUCUUCCUCAUCACCAUCUUCACACUCUUCCCGCCUUUCACCAUCAAGCUGCCUCUUAUUGGUGAGUGUUAA